AUGUCGAUCGAAAAGCCCCUGCCCUUCAUAUACCAGUUCGCUGCUGGUGCGGUAGCUGGUGUGUCGGAGAUCUUGGUCAUGUACCCGCUGGACGUGGUAAAGACAAGAGUGCAGAUUCAAGGCAAAGUUCCCAUCCCGGGACAGGAUCACUACACCAGCAUGAUGGACUGUUUCAGGAAGAUCAUUGCCAACGAAGGCGCAUCACGACUCUACCGUGGAAUCAGCGCUCCCAUCCUCAUGGAGGCCCCCAAGCGUGCUACCAAAUUCGCCGCCAACGAUGAGUGGGGCAAGGUCUACAGGAAUCUCUUUGGUGUCGCCAAGAUGAACCAGUCUCUCUCGAUCCUCACCGGCGCUUCUGCUGGAGCCACAGAGUCGUUCGUGGUAGUGCCCUUCGAGCUGGUCAAGAUCCGUCUGCAAGACAAGGCCCAAGCUGCCAAGUACAAUGGCAUGAUCGACUGCGUGCAGAAGAUCAUUCGUCAAGAAGGCGUCCUCACACUGUACCAGGGCCUUGAGUCCACCAUGUGGCGUCACAUCCUCUGGAACAGUGGAUACUUUGGCUGCAUCUUCCAAGUACGCGCUCUUCUUCCAGCGAAUCCGACCAAGGACAAGUCAAUACAGAUGCGAAACGACAUCAUAUCUGGUACCGUCGGCGGAACAGUUGGCACCAUCCUCAACACACCCAUGGAUGUCGUCAAGAGCAGGAUACAAAACUCUCCAAAGGUUGCGGGUGGCGUGCCCAAGUAUGGCUGGGCAUGGCCGUCUUUGGGUUUGAUCAUGAAGGAAGAGGGUUUUGGUGCGCUCUACAAGGGCUUCCUCCCAAAGGUGCUUAGAUUGGGUCCGGGAGGUGGCAUUUUGCUUGUGGUGUUCACUGGAGUCAUGGAUUUCUUCAGAAACAUGCGUGACCAGGCGGUUUAG